AUGGAGGCAAGAGGACGGAGGAGUCGAGGAGAGGAAGAAUUUCCACGACAUCUUGAAUACAACACGCCCGGUGGGAAAAUAUUUUCUGAAAGUAAUGUAAAUGUAAUACACGCAUUACUUGAAAAAGCAGCUAGGAGAAAGUGCAGCGCCGAUGCGGACUACCAGCUCCCUGACGGACAGAUGCUGAGGAUUGGCAGCGAGAGGUUCGGGGCGCCCGAAAUCCUCUUCUCUCCUCAGACUGUCCGCAUGGUAACACAAGGCAUCCCCAGUCUCCUGGUGAGCUCUGUGUUGGAGAGCGAUGCAGACCUGUGGCAGCUGCUCCUAGACAACGCCGUCCUUGCCGGGGGCUCCAGCCUCCUUCCCGGGAUGGGCCACAGACUGAGGGAGGAGGCCUCGGCUCUGGCCCCGCAAGGAGACCGCGUGGGGCCAGUCCCUGUGAUGGAUACUGCCUGGCUGGGGGGCUCCCUCCUGUCCUCUCUCUCCAUCUUUGGAGACAUGUGCAUCAGUGCCUUGGAGUACCAAGAGAUGGGGUCCAAUGUGAUCCAUCACAAGUGCUUCUGA